AUGGCGACAACUGUUGAUUUUCAUGAGGAAAUAUCACAAGAUACUACGGGCAGCCAGGCGCGGCUGCAGAUGUGCCUGGGGCCUCAGCUGGCGGUGCUGCGGCUGGCGGGCGGCUGGGCGCCGGCGGCGACGUCCGCGUCAUCUCGGCUGUACGGCGCCUACUCGACCGGCGUGGUGCUCACGCUGCUGGCCUUCGUCGCCAGCCAGGUGUCCGCGGCGCGCCACUUCUGGGGCGACCUGCUCAACGUCACCAUGAGCACCUGCCUCAUGUUCACAUACUCCAUGGCCAUCGUCAAGGUGAUCGUCUUCCUCAGGAUGAGGAGCUCUGCUGAGGAGCUCAUUCGGGAGCUCAACAGCAGCAUGGAGCGGUACGGGCGGCAGGUGGGAGGUGCGGCGGGCGUGUACGCGUGGUGCACGCGCCGCAGCCGCUUGGUGUCGCUGAGCCACGUGGGCAUGGGCGCCGUGGCGUACUGCUUGUGGGUGGCGGUGCCCGCCGCCAUGGGCCGGCGCUGCCGGUCCGCAGACUGCCGCGCCACCACCGCGCUGCCCGCCGUCGUCUGGUGCCCCUUCCCCUUCACAGAGUCGCCGGCCUACGAGGCGGUGUACGCUGCCGUGUCGGUGGCCAUGUUCUACGGUUACAUCCUGACCACUACGCUGGACGCGUUCUUCUUCACGCUCAUCAUCUAUACGGCGGGCCAGCUGCGUGUUCUCAACCUGAUGGCCAGGGACCUCUGCGCUCGCGGCAGCCUGCGCCAGAUGAACGCGCGUCUCGCCGACUGCGUCUCCUACCACAUCCACAUAGAGAGGUGCGUGCAGCGGCUGGGGGCCCUGGUGGGGCCCAUCGUGCUGGGCCAGUUCCUCGCCGACAUCGUCACCAUCAGCGCCGCCACCUUCGUGGCCACCGUCUCGGAAGCGGACUCGGUAUGGCUGCUCAAGUUCUCGUCCUACCUGCUGGCGAUCGCGGAGCAGCUGCUCCUCUACUGCUGGUUCGGCAGCGACGUCGCUACUGAGAGCGAGCACCUCCAGCUCGCCGCCUACAGCAGCGACUGGACGGCGGUGCCCGCGCGCUUCCAGAAGGACCUCUGCAUCCUGCUGAGCCGCGGGCAGCGGCCGCUGCGCCUCGCCGCCUACAAGUUCUACUCCAUCUCCAGGGAGACCUUCCUCAUGCUGAUGAACACCGCCUUCUCCUAUUACGCCGUCCUGAGACAGCUGAACGGCAACUGAGGGUCCUACAGACGUCGCCAGUAACCACUCCACUGGCCCCACACCACGUCAGCAGAGGGAGUGAGGCAA